UAAAUGCGCUUAAAUUGUUAAAACAUAAAAAUACAGAUAAUUAAGGGAAUACGUGUGAAGAUAUUAAUGUUUAAUAGCUUUACAUGUAAUUGCAUUUAAUUUUUGGUAAUGGGAGUGAAGAAUCUUCACUAGUCUUUUGAGUUUUUGUGUUUGAAAAUGUUUUGUGUUCAUACAGUUUUAGAUUAUAGAAACCAGAUACGGCCUCCCUUUUCUACUAAAAAUACAUAAAAGUCAUUUCCUUUCGUGUUGCAACGUUUAUUAGUACUCUGGGUUGUUUAUAGAAUGUAGAAACAUCUGAUUCUAAUCUAUUUUGUCGUGUCAAUUUAUGUCUCUCUUGUUCAGUUCUGAAAAAGCUCGAAACUUUUGACUUGGGAUUUUAUCUGAAUUCUCCAAACCACAAUCUUUAUCUGCCAUUUGUGUACAAAAAGUUUCGAUCUUUAAUAUUUGUUGCAAUUCAAUUCUUUCUUUUUUUCUUGAGUCCCAUAUCUUCCUUUUCGUGUCCAAAACUGAAAAGUCUCAGUCUUUUAACAUCUGUUUUCAGUUCGCUACUUUAUUUUCUUGAACCCCAUAUUUUGACCACGAAAUGGGUUGCUGCGGGAGCAAGGAGAAGCCUUCAAAACCAAAGAAUGAUAAUGGAUACAGGCCAGCAAAUACUGGCAAUUCAAGGCCACAACAGCAGCAGCAGCAGCCUCAGUACCCGCAACAAUGGGAUUUGCAGCAGCAAAAUCUCAUCAUUCCUCAAAUUCAAGCACAAAAACCACAAGCAAAACCCUCGCAGCCACAACCAUCAACCCCUCCUCCAGUAAAACCAGCACCAGCACCCAUAAUAAAGCCUGUUCAGAAGCCAGAAACUAUACUUGGCAAACCCUUGGAUGAUAUUAGGCAGUUCUAUACUCUAGGUAAAGAAUUAGGUAGAGGCCAAUUUGGGAUUACAUAUUUAUGCACAGAGAAUUCCACCGGCCAUACAUAUGCCUGCAAAUCCAUUUUAAAGAGAAAACUAAUUAGUAAGAGUGAUAGAGAAGAUAUCAAGAAAGAGGUUCAGAUUAUGCAGCACUUGUCUGGGCAGCCUAACAUUGUGGAGUUUAGAGGUGCUUAUGAGGAUAGACAGUCUGUGCAUCUUGUGAUGGAGCUUUGUGCUGGUGGAGAGCUUUUUGAUCGGAUUAUUGCUAAGGGGCAUUAUUCUGAGAGGGAUGCUGCUAGGAUUUGUAAGGAUAUAGUGAAUGUAGUGCAUGCUUGCCAUUUUAUGGGAGUAAUCCACCGUGAUCUCAAGCCUGAGAAUUUCUUGCUGGCUAGCAAGGAUGAAGGAGCUACGCUUAAGGCCACUGAUUUUGGACUGUCUGUAUUCAUUGAGGAAGGGAAAACAUACCGUGAUAAAGUAGGUAGUGCUUACUAUGUCGCUCCUGAAGUAUUAAGCCGUAGUUAUGGAAAGGAAAUAGAUGUUUGGAGUGCAGGAGUUAUUUUAUAUAUUCUACUUAGUGGAGUACCUCCAUUUUGGGCUGAAACUGAAAAUGGAAUUUUUGAUGCAAUUCUUCAAGGAGAUAUUGAUUUUGAAAGUAAACCUUGGCCGUCAAUAUCUGACAGUGCCAAGGAUCUGAUCAGGAGGAUGCUUACCCAGGACCCAAAAAAGCGAAUCACUUCUGCACAAGUUCUUGACCAUCCAUGGAUUAAAGAUGGAGGUGCAGCAUCAGACAAGCCAAUUGAUAGUGCUGUUCUUUCUAGAAUGAAGCAAUUCAGGGCAAUGAAUAAGCUCAAGAAGCUUGCGUUAAAGGUUAUUGCUGAAAGUCUCUCUGAAGAAGAAAUAAAAGGUCUUAAAGUGAUGUUUAGAAACAUGGACACUGACAAGAGUGGCACUAUCACCUAUGAAGAACUGAAGACAGGCUUGGCUCGACUUGGGUCAAGACUUUCUGAAACCGAAGUUAAACAACUCAUGGAAGCUGCUGAUGUGGAUGGGAAUGGAACAAUAGACUACAUCGAAUUUAUCUCUGCUACAAUGCAUAGAUAUAGACUGGAAAGAGAUGAGCAUCUAUACAAAGCAUUUCAGCAUUUUGAUAAAGAUAGUAGCGGGUAUAUAACAAGAGAUGAACUAGAGUCUGCCAUGAAGGAGUAUGGUAUGGGAGAUGAAGCUACUAUUAAGGAAAUAAUAUCUGAGGUGGACACAGAUAAUGAUGGGAGAAUCAACUAUGAAGAGUUCUGUGCUAUGAUGAGAAGUGGAAUACAACAAGCAGAAAAGCUGUUUUAGUCAAUAUGAACAGGAGCUGAGGUAUUGUUGAAUGUGUAGGAUCUGAGCAAGCUAUUAUAACAAAGCUGCUGCCUUGAAUUUGCAAGGGGCAGUUUAAGCAGGAGGUUUAGAUUUUUUAGACUUGCGUUUUUACUGUUUGUGCAUAUCUAUCUUCUUGUCUCUUCUACUUUGAAGCUUUCCUUUUUAACCUGAUUCUUUGCUAUGAGUUCUAAUCAAAUAAUAUUAUCAGUUACGUCUGUGAUA